AUGGCUGGUUUUAUUGUAUGGCCCCUCCUUGGGGUACUGAUGUACUUCCUGCUGCGCAGGAAGACCGGCCCUCGCCUGAAGCACAUUCCUAUUUACAAAGAUCGCCCAUUCCGCAUACUGACGGGUGAUGGUGAGCUCGUCGUCUUGCCAGUGAGAUAUUUGCCUGAGCUUCGAUCUCUUACACCUUCGGUGAUCAGCUCUUUGGAUGCGCAGUAUGAAAAUGCUCUGGGAGAAUAUACCAAUCUCCUCAUCAACAGCUAUCUUCCCUCCAUGACAGUUCGAAAACGCUUAACUCCAAAUCUUGCACGAGUGAUCCCAUGGGUGAUAGAUGAGCUCCGCUAUGCUUUUGAUGCCGCUUUCCCAGAAUGCGAAGACCACUGGGAACCCAUACACCCCCACGAGGUAUUCAUACACCUCAUCACCUGCGCUACAUCCCGCAUGCUAGCAGGCGACUCGCUUCGCCGCAACGAAGAAUGGCUCAGCACAGCAAGCAGCUACGCCGUCAACGUAGGAGUGACCAUCCUUCUCCUCCGUCCAUUCCCACCUUUCCUCCGACCCAUAGUAGCCAUCUUCCUCCCCUCUGUCCGCCAAAUGAAACGCCAGCUCCGCUUCGUGAAAGACCUCUUCAUCCCCAUGAUCAACGAGCGGCGCAUCGCACGCGAAACCGCCAAAGCAGAAAAUGAUCCGGGCUAUGUGGCUCCUGAUGACUUUCUGCAAUGGAUGAUGGAUAUGGCGGAGGAUGAGCAGGAUAAAGACCCGGAGCUAUUAGCACAUCAUUUGCUUUUGCUCAUGAGCCUUGCGGUUGUGCAUACGAGUUCCAUGGCAAUGUGUCAUGCACUUUAUGAUCUAAUCCUGAUGCCAGAGUAUCUUGCGCCCUUGCGGGAGGAGAUUGAGGAGACGUUGAUGUCUGGGUGGGAGAAGGCGACAAAGGGGUCGUUUGAUAAUCAGCGGAGACUGGAUAGCUUCUUGAGAGAGUCUCAGCGGUUUGGGCCACCAGGAGAACUGUCCUUCCACCGAAUUUUGAAAGAGUCUUUAACCCUAUCAGAUGGCCUGUUCCUCCCUAUAGGAACUCAUAUUUGUUUCCCGUCGGGACCAAUCAGCAAGGAUCCUUCUUUCAUCAGCAAUCCACAAACCUUCGACGGAUUUCGCUGGUGUCAAGAGCCGAACGAUCGACACGCUCUCUCAAUAUCCACCGAUAACGACCCCAUCCCAGAAGGAAAACAAGUCGACGACAGAAAAACAGAGGAAUCUAAGGAGAGUAGUCAGACAAUGUCCCUGGUCCCGUCGACUUCGACAAGUUUCGUAAGUAUCAGCGCCUCCAGUAUGCACUUUGGGGCAGGUCGGCAAGCUUGCCCAGGUCGGUUCUUUGCAGGGUGUACGAUCAAGGCGAUUUUCAGUAAGAUUCUUAUGGAUUAUGAGUUCAAGUAUGAGGAUGGAAGGGGUCAGCAAAGACCGCCGAAUUUGCGUGUUGGAGAACAUAUCUUGCCGAAUACUAGUACACCUGUACUAUUUCGGAAAAGAGAAGUUCAAGGCUGA